AUGGACAAUACUCCGCAAACCCUAACCACCGCCGCCGCUCGCAGCUUACUCGAGGAUACGGACGGCGAUGAAGAAGCAGACGUCGAGGAGCCCUGUGACUUGGAAGCAUGGGAAACCCUACGCAAUAGCUUCAAGGAGGUCCAAUCGGUGCUCGAUCGCAACCGCCGCCUGAUCCAACUGGCGAACGACAAUCACAUGUCCAAAAUCCCCCACAGUUUGGCCAAGAAUGUCGAUUUGAUUCGCGAGAUCAAUGCCAAUAUAUCCAGAGUCGUCCGCCUUUACUCCGAUCUCUCUGAGAAAUUCUCCGGCAUCGUUCACGAACGGCGUGUCUUGCGCGACAAAGCCGCUAAGGAUGCCUGA